AUGACCAUUUCCUCCUCAUCAUCUCUACCAACCACACGAGUGGGAGUGAUCGGAGCAGGAGCAUCAGGUUUAUCUCAAAUACAACAGCUCCUUCAACUUUGGGAUCAGCAUAAAGAAGUAAAUGGUAAGAGUAAGUUGGAAGUAGUGGGUUACGAGAGCAAGAACGAUGUAGGGGGUGUAUGGUUGACGGACGAUCAACCCAAACCUAACAUUCGAACCCACCUCACAUCGAAAGACAACAACGAAGAGACGUAUUCGUACCCUCCGAAAGGCACGAAUCCAUCUCCGAUGUAUCAAGGACUAAGGACGAACUUACCUCAUGAUUUAAUGUCAUUUAGAGGAUCUCCAUUUCCUAAGGAUACGCCUCUAUUCCCCAAACAAGAGCUAGUCGAACAGUAUCUCCAAUCUUACGCUGAGCACUAUAACCUUCGAAAACAUAUUCGAUUUUCAACUAGAGUCGAACGGGUUUAUCUUACCCCGCAGCAAGACCAGAAGGGAAGUAGUGAUAGAAAACGAUGGACGAUUGAGAGCCAUAAUCUGCAUUCUGACGAGAGAAAGUCAGAACAAUUCGAUUACGUGGUUGUUUCGAAUGGACAUUAUUCGGAUGGUUGGAUACCUUCCAUCAAGGGGUUGAGUACGUUCCCAGGCCGAAUUAUCCACUCGAAAUUCUUCCACCGCGCUUCCGACUAUAUCGGCAAGACAGUCCUCGUCGUCGGAUCAUUCGCUUCAGGAGGUGAUAUAUCGAGGUUAUUAGCUUCUGAAAACGUCAACAAAUUCUCUCCAUCUGGAGAACCCCUAAAUGGCUUUUCCAAAGAAGAUUACCUAAAAGUGUACGUAUCUACUUCUGGAUACACUCAGUAUUCAGCUACCGAGGGUCCAUGGGCAGAGUACAUCCAGCAUGUCCCAUUGAUAUCACACCUUACACCUCCCGAUGAGAACCGGCCUAAGGGUGUGAUUCAUUUGGAAGAAGAUGAGCAGGGUGGAAACAGGGAAUUGGACGAUGUGGAUGUAAUCAUUUUUGCUACGGGAUAUAAUUUCCUCUUCCCUUUCUUCAAAAUAACGGAUGAACCGUGGAAUAAUACGAGGUUAAGUGAGGGAAACGUAAAGAGUGAAGAGAGGCAAAAGGGAGAUGGAUGGGAAGAGAAUGGGAUCAAGGGACAGGGUGUAGAUGGUUUAGAUGAGUUGCUGUUGUUCUUGAAAGGAGAUAGGACGAUAAGUUUCCCGACACUGUCUUAUCAGAACGUACCCUUCCCUUUGGCACAAGUCCAAUCCCGAUUCACAGCCUAUCUAUGGGCAGGUCUCUUAGAUUUACCUGAAAAGAUAACACUACCUCCAAAUCCAUCCAAUCCAUACUCAUCAUCCCAGCAAGAAAUCAAGGACGAUAAAGCGGCGGAUUCGUUCAAUACCUCUUCAUCCUCUUCGCAAGACAAAGGCUCAGUCGAUCCCCCUCAACCCACAGCGGAACCUAAGAAACCUCGAAAAGUCUUACAGCGCAUCAAGCACUUGGUAUUUGGUGCACCAUACGAAUGGACAUACUCUGAAUUCCUCAUGGACUUCAUGACGCAAUCUGACCAACAGCACGGGGUAGAUACGGAAGACCAUUGGAAGAAGAUUGAAGGGUGGAGGAGAGAUAGGAGGGCUGAUACGAGUUUGAGAAAGAGAAUGUUAGGGUAUUAG